AUGGCUAGCGCUCGCGAUCUGAAAGACGCUGGGGAAACCAGCAUCAUCGACAAACAGACGGGCCAAGUCUACGAGUUGGAUGCCGAGUCUUUGUCAAUUGUCGAUGCGUCAAGCGGCGAUCCGUCCGCGCACAAAUUGAAAAAGGGUCUCAACGCCCGUCACAUCCAAUUGAUUGCGCUUGGAGGGUGCAUCGGAACUGGACUUUUCGUCGGAACAUCGUCGACGCUCCAUACGUGUGGACCAGCGGGGCUGUUUACAGCAUACUUGAUCAUCUCGGUGGUAAUAUACGCUGUCAUGAAUGCGCUCGGAGAAAUGGUGUGUUAUCUGCCUGGAUCCGGCAACGACACGGGCGGAUCGAUCUCGAAGAUCGUGUCAAGAUACGUGGAUCCAUCCUUGGGGUUCGCCACGGGUUGGAAUUACUACUACACGUACGUGAUCCUGGUCGCUGCGGAAUGCACUGCUGCGUCAGGUGUCGUCACGUACUGGACCACCGCAGUACCCUCAGGCGUAUGGAUCGCUAUUUUCCUUGUGGUCUGCACUCUCUUAAAUUUUGGCCCCGUGAAGUACUACGGUGAGAGUGAGUUUUGGUUUGCCAUCAUCAAGAUCUUGUGUAUCGUGGGUCUUCUUAUAGUGUCAUUUAUUCUAUUUUGGGGCGGCGGUCCUAAUCAUGACAGAUUGGGUUUUAGAUACUGGAAGCAUCCCGGUGCUUUUACUUACCACAUCACAUCUGGAAGCACGGGACAGUUCUUGGACAUUUGGACUGGGGUGAUCAAAGGUGGUUUUGCGUUUAUUCUGGGACCUGAAUUGGUUGCCCUAACGUCUGCAGAAGCCCUAGACUCCAGAAGAAACAUUGCCAAAGCCUCUAAGCGUUUUGUUUACCGAUUGAUAUUCUUCUACGUUACUUCGUCGUUAGCCAUUGGUGUUAUCGUGGCUUACAAUGACAAAAAUUUAGCCAGUGCACUCUCACAGGGUAAAUCGGGCGCUGCGUCUUCCCCAUUUGUGAUCGGCAUCCAAAACGCCGGCAUUAAGGGUCUCCCACAUAUCAUCAACGCUUGUAUCCUAACCUCAGCAUGGUCGUCGGGAAAUUCGUAUUUGUUCGCAGCCUCGAGGUCUCUCCUUUCCAUGGCAGAAGACGGCACAGCUCCCAAAGUUUUUGCCAAGAUCAACAGAUUUGGUGUUCCUUACAACGCGGUUGGAUUAAGCGGGUUGCUAUCGUGUUUGGCAUUUUUGAACGUAUCGUCUGGUGCUGCUAACGUUUUCGCCUGGUUUUCUAACAUCUCCACAAUCUCUGGGUUCAUCGGUUGGAUCUGUAUUGGCGUGGCAUACUUGAGAUUCCGCGAAGCUAUUUUCUUCCGCGGAUUAUUUGAUAGAGUCCCUUUCAAAACUCCUUUUCAACCAUAUUCUACUUACUUCUUCAUUGUUGUGGUAUCUGUCAUUUGUCUAACAAAUGGCUAUGUCUCGUUCAUUCCAAAGUUUUGGAAUGCUGCCGAUUUUGUAGCAGCAUACAUCACUCUGCCCAUCUUCGUGGCAUUAUGGGUUGGUCAUAAGCUGUGCACUAGAACAUGGGAUUGCUGGGCCUAUCCAGUAGCUGAAAUUGAUGUCACCACAGGGUUGGUUGAAAUCGAGGAAGAGACGAAAGAAUUGGACGCCAAGAGGCAGCCUCCGACCGGCAAAUUUGAAAAGUUUGUCGAAUGGCUUUUAUGA